UAUUUUAUUAUCGUAGUCGGAGUCACAACGUCGUGUUUUAAAUGUUCUUUGCAUAAAUUUUAAGUACUUGUUUUUCAGCCAGUGAAUAGAUAGUAAAACGUAUAUAUAUUGAACAAUUUUUAAGUGUUUGCGAUGGAGGGCUUUGAGUAUGUGCUCAAUCCGCCCGUGGCAGCGAAAGUGGCCUUUGGCACAACGAUGCAUCGCGAUGUAAUGCCAAUUUCUGGUCCAUGUAUGACCAGUUUCAUGCGUUCCUUCCAGCCGGAGGUACGGCCACAUCCCAGUCCUCUUGAUUAUGACUGCUCGAAGCCAAUUGGCUUCAAGUACCCCUCUAAUGCUGGCUUUUCUGCAUUGGCUAAUAAGAUGCCGCGUCUGCCUGUUGUGCAUGAGGAAAGCGUUCCCCCAUUGGGCACCUAUGAGCCCACACCUUGGGCCUUACGCGCUGGCUACACCUUCGACCGGCAGGUGACCAGACCGCCCAAGUGGAUGACACCUGGUCCGUCCACCUAUUCGAUUCACACCAAGUAUCCGUACUGGAAGAUAGAAACUGCUUUCGGCACCCGUCGCGUCAUUUGGCCCGCUGUCGCCGUCUUUUGCGGCCCCAAACAUGAUGCUCAGUGCAUAAUUUGCCAUGAGACUACGCAGGGCGACUACUUCCAUAACUUCGCCAGCGACAAGGACAUGUGCAGGAAGUGCAUGGCUGAGCACACGGCCACCAUCAAGAACUGCAGCCUGAGCGUCGUCGAUCGGUAUCGCAAGCGCCAGCAAAUCAAACAGUUUGUGCCCGCCCGCUACUGUGGCUUCUUCCACGAUCACAACGGCACCACCGCCGCCGUCGAGACCACCUCACGCAAGGAGCUACGCCAUAAGAUUCGCGUCGAAAACUAUUUGUAUCGCUUUGUCAGCAAAGUGGCGUAAGCUAAUCUGCAGAAACAAGAAAAUGAAAGGUUUAAAAUUUAUAUUGCCUGCAAAUUGGAACAGUCAAGUUGUAUAGAGAAAAUAUCAAAUUUCUUUUCGGUACAGAACAAAUACCAGAAAACCCAUCAGAAUUAUUUUGAAAUAUUUAU